CAAAUUGGCAAACUCUUUUAAUAUGUGGCUAUUACGGGUGGUGAUAGCACAACUUGUGCUAGCUUCUAUAGCUCUGGCACAGCCCAGCAGAAGCAGCUCAACAACAACGGUGACGAUUGUAAAAAAGCAUGGCUAUCCAAUUGAGGAGCAUCCAGUGCAGACAUCUGAUGGCUAUAUACUGACCAUGCACCGCAUUCCUUACUCCAAGCUUACUGGCAAUGAUGGAAAACGUCGACCAGUUGCUUUUCUAAUGCAUGGGCUGUUGUGCUCCUCAUCUGAUUGGGUUUUGGGCGGUCCACACAGCGGCUUGGCGUUCAUUCUUUCCGAUGCUGGCUAUGAUGUCUGGAUGGGCAAUGCACGUGGCAAUACCUACUCCAGAAAGCACGCAUCCAAAUCACCGGUGUUCCAGCCAUUCUGGAACUUUGAGUGGCAUGACAUUGGCAUCUAUGAUUUGCCAGCUAUGAUAGAUAAUGUGAUUUAUCAGACGGGCCAGGAACAAAUUCAGUACAUUGGACACUCUCAGGGCACCACUUCAUUCUUUGUGCUCAACUCUAUGAUCAAGCGCUUCAGAAGUCGCAUACUCUCGGCUCAUUUGCUGGCUCCCGUUGCCUGGAUGGGACACAUGGAGAGUCCACUUGCCAAGGUUGCAGGACCCCUGUUUGGACAACCCAACGCUUUGGUGGAACUUUUUGGCAGCGCGGAGUUUAUGCCAAAUUCUAGAGCCAUGGAGCUGAUGGGUCAAGUGAUGUGCAAUGAUCAGGCUGUCUCUCAGAUAAUCUGUAGCAACAUGCUGUUCCUAAUGGGCGGCUGGAACUCGCCAUAUCUAAACGAGACUAUGAUUCCCGAAAUUAUGGCUACAACUCCUGCAGGCUGCUCAGUGAAUCAAAUGUUCCACUAUCUGCAAGAAUAUAAUUCAGGAGAAUUCCGUCAAUUCGACUACGGCAAGGCUAGAAAUAAGAAAGACUACGGCAGCAAGACUCCUCCAAACUAUGAUGUGGCUGGCAUUGACGUUCCAAUUUAUCUUUACUAUAGUGACAAUGAUUACUUUGCCAGUUUAAUCGAUGUUGAUAAGCUACGCUACACCAUGAAUCCCAAGUCUCUGAAGCGAGCAUAUCGCUUGCCACAAACCAAAUGGAAUCAUUUGGACUUCCUGUGGGGUCUCAAUGUCAAAGAGAUUCUCUAUGAUUUAGUGUUGGACGACAUGCGUAGUGCGUCAUAUUAAAUAAACACAGCUGCUCAAUAUUA